AUGGCGACGUUACGAAUUGAAGAGGAUGAAGCGGUUGAAGAAGGGGUGGAGAAAUUCUUCGACUUGUUGACGCGGCUUGAGGGAGCGGAUUUGAACUAUAGUGAGCUCCAAAUGAAGACCAAGUUGCUGGCCCUACUCCCUGAAUCAUGGUCCUCGCUCAUCAUCAACCUGAAUCGCGACUUGCCCUGCCUCUCGCUCGAAGAUGUGAAGCGAGCUAUCCUUCAAGAGGAUUUCCGCCGCCGUGAGUUGGCGAGUGCGGAUGGCGCUGGGGCAGCGAGCAUCGGCCGUGGAUAUGGAGGGAGAGGAAGAGGCCGUGGAGGCCGUGGCGGUCGCGGUGGCGGAGCUGCAAACAUGACGAGCGGAGACAAUGACAAGGACCCGAGCAACGAUCGGUACCCGGGUCUAUUCUACUUCGUAUCGACGCAAGUACCGACUGGUCCAGAGAAGGAUGAAGGCUUUGAGGAGCGAGCAGCUGUAGGGAAGGUGACCCUACACCCCUUGGACUAUUGGGUGAUGGAUAGUGGCGCUACCUAUAGCAUGACACCUCGCCCGGACUUGCUCACUGAACUCGAGCCGUCACCGGUUAAGCAUGUCACAUCGGCUUUGGGGCAGCGAGCGGAGGUGAAAGGCAUAGGCAAGGCCAUGUUUAAGGGUGCUGAUGGGAAGAUGGUGGGCCUCAAGAACGGGCUUUGGGUGCCCAGCCUUGCUGCGAACCUGAUCUCCGUGCGGCGGUUGGCAAAGGCCGGCAUGGACACGAACUCGAAGGGAGCCAAGACCUACACCGCAAGGCUUGGCGAUCGAAUUCUUUGGGACCUUCAUGAGGACAGGGAUGUCUACAACGAGAUGUGGCAGAUCCCAGUGGUCCCUAUGCCUAAGGAGAGGCAAGUGGCAGCAAGCAUCAGCACCAAGGAUGGAGCGGUUGGUAGCGAUGAUGGCGCGAACGGUCGCGCUAAGGAGAAUGAGCUCAAGAAGAGCCAACCUGGAGGGACCAGUCUGUUCAGUGAAUCUAAGGAGAGUAGUGCAGCAGCCAAGGAGCAGCAAAAGGGUGAAGAGAACCCCGGGGCAGCAGCGGAGGACUACGGAGAGAGUAUGUGGGGCGCUAUUGCGAGCGCGGCAUUCUCCAAUCCAACUUCGGCUACGGGGGAGUGUGAUUGGCUCACCUUGCAUCGGCGCAUGGGGCAUGUGGCCCUGCCCAUCUUGCAGCAGCUAGUGAAGAAUGAGAUGGUUGCUGGCAUACGUGUGAAGGGGGAGCCCAAUGAGGUACUUGGCUGCCCGACGUGCAUGCAAGCCAAGUUCACCCGAUUCCCGUUCUCUAGUUCGGAGGCGACGGCUAAGGCACCGCUUGAUGAGGUGGUGAUGGACGUGGUGGGCCCCCUGAAGCUUGGAGCUGCUGAAGCUGAGUAUUUUCUCACCAUUGUCGACGUCUACACCCGCAUGACUUGGGUGUAUGUGCUGGCCAAGAAGAGCGACGUGGCUGAAACGUUGAAGACGGAUUGGUUCCUGAUGGUGGAGCGGCAACAAGACCGUCUAGUCAAGUCAAUCCGCACCGAUCGAGGGGGAGAGUUCCUGAGCAAGGAGUUUGGGUUGUGGCUGAAGAAGAAUGGUAUUUGGCACUCUCUCACCAUGCCAUACUCCCCUGCAAUGAACGGCAUCGCCGAGCGAGCGAACCGCACAAUCACGGAGGCGGCACGCGGGUCGCUCAUUGAAGCCGGGCUACCCGACUAUUUCUGGCCUGAUGCGGUGCGGAGCGCGUGUUUGGCCAAGAACCAAGCCUUGACUCAUGUGGGAGCAGACAAAUGGGUGCCCUAUGUGGAGUGGCUUGGAAGGAAGCCAAAGGUGGAUAUGCUUCGGGUGUUCGGGUGCAUGUGCAUGGCGCUCGUGCCUAAGCAUUUUCGGCACAACAAGUUUUGUGCCAAGGCGGUGUGGGCCGUGCACUUGGGCAUGGCUCAAAACAGCAAGGGAUGGCUUCUUUGGGACCCAUUCACCAAGAAGUUCUUGGUGAGCAGGGACUGCAAGUUCAUGGAGAACUUCAUGUACAAGGAUUGGAAGGCGGAGAAUGAGGCGAAGAUAGGCGUGCGGUUUGGGCAAGUGAAGAGUUCCGGUUUGGAGCAUGUGGAGCUGCCUUUGGAGCUGAGCAGCGGCAGCACAACCACGAGGCAAUCCUCCCUUGUGAAUGGGGGAGAGAAGGCCAAUGAUGCAGAGGAAGAAGAGGAGGGGGUGCAGCAAGUGAGCGAGCGUGCACCGUCACUCCCUUCCCGUACUAUUAGUGCUCCACGGAUUCGAGCCACACCGCAGCAACACCAAGGCCUUCAAGUCCCUGCAGCUGAGGAGGAAGGAAGGGGGAAGAGGAGAGUUCAACCCCCUAAUAGGCUGACUUAUGAUGCACUGGGAAAGCAGGGCAAGACAGCCCUGGCCGGAGCGGCAAUGAUGGUCGGAGACGACGAGGAGAGUGACUACGAGGAGUGUGCCUUCUCGUUCUUCUCUCCGGUGGAGAUGCCGGGAGAACCAGUAACUCUCAAGGAGGCUUUGGAGAGUAGUGAUGCUGAGGAGUGGAAGGAGGCCAUGGAGAGUGAGCUGAAGAGCAUCGAGGAGAAUGACACAUUUGAAUUGGUGGAGCUACCGGAGGGGCGUACGGCGAUAACGUCCAAGUGGCUUUUCAAAAUCAAGUCGGAUGCCGACGGCAAGAUCGAGCGGGACAAGUCUAGGCUUGUAGCCAAGGGGUACCAGCAGAAGGAGAAGGUGGACUUUAAGGAGCUGUUUGCCCCUGUGGUGAAGCCGACGACGCUGCGAACCCUAUUCGCGGGAGCCGCCAUCAAAGGAUGGGUAGUAAAACAAAUGGACAUCGUAACGGCAUUCCUUAACGGCAUCCUUGAGGAGGAGAUUUUUAUGGCACAGCCAGAGGGGUUUGAUGAUGGUAGUGGCAGAGUGUGGAAGCUGAAGAAGGCCUUCUAUGGGCUGAAGCAGGCCCCUAGGCAAUGGUACAUGAAGCUGCGCGAAGUGUUGGAGGAGAUCGGCUUCACUCCCUCAACGGCCGAUCACUCCUUGUUCAUGCUUGGCGAGGGGGAGCAGACGAGCUUCAUGGUGGUUUAUGUGGAUGAAAUUCUCAUAUUCUCACCCUCCUCUGACCUUGUGAAGGAGGUGAUGCUGAAGCUGCAUGACAAGUUCAAGUGCAAGUCCCUUGGUGACGUGAACUUCUACCUUGGGCUCCACAUCGAACGAGACGUGGAGAAGCGGAGCAUGCGAGUACACCAACGGAAGUACCUGGAGGCAUUGGCCGCCAACUUUGGCCAGAGUGAAGGUCAUGUGGCUACUCCCUUUCCCUCUGGGUUCAAGUGUGUGAAGGGGCCAGAGGAGGAGAGCGUUGGAGAAGAAGAGAGGCGCCGUUUUCACUCGUUGAUGGGCAGCCUCAUGUAUGCGGCGGUAAACACCCGACCGGACGUCGCGUUUGCUACCGGGCAGCAGGCUAGGGUUGUGCAAUGCCCUAAUGAGAAGCAGGUAGCAGCUGGAAUGAGGGUGGCCAAGUAUCUUGGCCAAACACCGACCGUUGGGCUGCAAUACUCGGCGGCGGCACAAAGGCGCCAAAAGGGCGCGGAUGGUGUUGAACCCGGGCGUUUGUUCCUCACCGCCUACUCGGAUGCUUCAUAUGCAUCGGAACCAGAGGACAUGACAAGUGUGGGAGGCUUCAUAUGCUGUGUUGGUGGAGGCCCAACUGCUUGGGAGAGCAAGAAGCAGGUUGACCAAGUUUUGAGCUCGGUUGAGUCCGAGUACAUGGCACUCUUCCGUGCCGUACGGGAGAUUGUGUGGCAGCGGCGUUUGUUGGCUGAAUUGGGGGAGGAGCGGCAAGGACCUACCCCACUCUACUGUGACAGCUAG